AUGUCUCUGGGCUAUCCAUAUUACCGACCAACGACACCCCCCCCGGUACGGUUGGGGGACUUGAUAGGGAUGGGCCACAAUUGCACCACGCCAGACUCAUCAGGAUACUCUAAUGAGUCGUCCCCGUGGUCUGUUACGACCUCCACUACCAGUCCGAGCACAACCUCCCCUCGGUAUCAUCAUGGAUCUGUUCUGCUACCGAAAAUUAGACCGCAGGAUAUCGUGAUCGAGCCAGCAUCCGCGGGUGGUCCUCUGCGUCGUCAUCGAAUGUUGUCCAAUACGCGAAAUCCUCCAGGCUACUUUAUGCCCUAUCCGUGCAGUCGUCCACCAGUUCGACGGAGUAUCCUCGAGUCAGUGGACUGCUUAAACAACCUAAGCCCCCAUGUCUCGAUGUCGCCCAUCUUCGCAUCUUCCAGUGCCUCCGUCUUGUCUUCGCCAGUAAAUGUCACACCGCCGUCCAAACGCAAGACUUCUGGAGGUCAUUCCAGAUCGGUCUCGGCACCUGUUAUUGAUGAGGCGAUACUGCGUCGAUAUGGAUAUCCGACAUAUCGGCAAUUCCCCAAGUAUAUACCUCAAACGCAAAGGUCGCCUGUAAGGACCUCCAACGCGUACACGGGUGUGUUGCAGCAGUCGACCAGUAGCCCAUCUCAAGGCUUCCAGAUUCAUUCUCCAACCCAGGCGACAGCAGCCAUUCCGGCCUCUCCUUGUGCUUAUCCCCAAACCCCAAGUGCGCACCUCUCAACGGUUUCUGGUGCUGAACAAAGCAAGGGGAUGGCCUCAUCCUCGACCUCUUUGAUUUCCUAUCUGACCGCACCAACUCAAGCGAUUAACGUCGUCCGCAAUGUCAGUGUCAUUCCGACAAGAGGACUCCACGACUACUUCUGGUGGGAUAUCCGGAAUCUACGCAGCUGGAAUUCAUUCUCCCUGUCAACUUUCGACUCAAUCAAUGGGCUCACCAAGCUCCUCAAGACCGAGAUACCUUCUCAACUCACACCACUUGCCAUUGUCCCGUCAUCCGGCCUUUCUCCAGAGUCUGAGACUGCACUAAUCAGUCUCAUCCGCGACAUCUACGCGCCUCGCGUGAAUGCCGCCCUGGCAGUUUCCCAGGGCUCAGACCACCUUCAAUUAUACGCCGCUCCCGAAGUACGGGUUUCAGGUAACAAGAACUGCGGUGCACCGCAUUUUCUUGCCAACUAUGCCUCCAACACUGAACGCACCAGCUCGGACCAACCCCGCGGCCGUCUGGUGGGCGUGGUCAAGAGCUUCGACCGCUGGAACACGGGGAUGCGCAACGAGGGCCCCAACCGACGAGUCGAGUAUCUCAAUGGACUAGCGCAUCUUCAACGCUGCAUGCGCGAACACUCAUGCCGAUACGGGUUCAUAAUGACUGAGAUUGAACUCGUUUGCGUCCGCGCGGGCUGCGACGAAGGCGACGACGUGCCGUACUUUGGAUUCUUGGAACUCUCGGCACCGAUUCCCACCAAUGUCUCGGACACUACAGCGUCAGCAGCAGCAUCGUAUUCCUUCCCCACUCCAUCUCCUACAGGCUAUUCCCCUCCAUACUUCCCCCAAGAACCCAGAUUGGAAGAAUUAGAAUCAGAAGAAGGCCUCCCCAUUCCCAUGACAGCCAGUCUGGCGCUGUACUUCCUCCUCAUGCUCUCGAAAUCAGUCCCAUUACCAUCCCAGCCAUCCGGGCAUCUGAACGUCGGCGGGCCCGGCGCACUCACCAGACAGCGUAUCCUCCCUGAGGGAAAGGAUAAGUGGAUCCCGCAGCCGCAGAUUGGGGAGCGGAGGGAUGCGAAACGAGUGAGAGGGUGGGUGUGGCCCCAGGAUCCGUGGCAUCGGAGGGAAGGGGGAGUCCAUCGGGGUAAGGUUGAUAGGAAACGGCAUAAAUGA